AAAGAUGGCUAUCAAGGGUCGCUCACACUCUGAGAACAGGUUCUAUACAAAUUCCAAGGACAAGAACAAACAUCCUCCCACGAAGGUGGUGAUCCGUCGGCUGCCCCCCGACAUGACGCUGGAGACGUUCCGGGACCAGGUGGCUCCCCUCCCCGAGCACGACCACAUCCGGUUUGUCCCAGCCGACCCCGGUCUGGCGCAGCAUGCCUUCUCGCGAGCCUACAUCAACUUCCUCCACAUGGACGACAUCGUCACGUUUCGGGACCGGUUCGAUGGCUACGUCUUCGUCGAUAAGCAAGGGUUCGAGUUUCCGGGCGCUGAAAACCAAGUGAUUACACCCCUUGUUACAUUCGUCUGUCGGAGAAGAGCCGAAAGGAAGGAGGAAAGGCGGCGGAAAGAGAUCGAGAGGAGGAAAGAAGAAACCCGGAAGGCCAAGGAAAAGCUGAGCAAAGAAAAGCGAGAAGCAAGAGAAAAGGGCCGACACGACACCAAAGAGUCCUCUAAGGCGCUUUGGAAUGACGAGCAAGAAAGAAAACGUGAUGAUGGCCCCGCGGGGAAGAAGCACGACGACAAGCACAAGGAGAAACACGGUAAAGACGCUGGCAGAAGUGAUAAAGAAGAGAAAUAUAGACGCAGGGACAAGGAGGAGCGAUGGAAAGAGGGUGAAAAGCACAAGCGUGAGGAUAAAAUCAAGCAGGCGAAAGAAGAGCGAAGGAAGGACAAGGAAUGGGAGGACAGGAAGAAUAAAGCUGAGAAACACCCUCAUCCUUCUGAUACCAGCUCCGAGGCGUCGGCGGCGGCCGGUAAGCUGUCGGCGGGGGACAGACGCGGUGGGGACGGCGACGUCGGCCGACAGGGGGCGACGGCGCCGACGCGCGAUGGCGCCAAGCCGGCGCCCGCCAGGGACGGCUCGGAGCCGAAGCGCAGGGAGCCGAAGGCAGACCGGCGCAUCAAAAACAAGGACCGGCCGUCACUCACCAUCUACCGGCCGGGCAUGGGCAAGUACUCGAGCAAGCGGCUGCAAGAGCGCGACUCGCAGUCGUCGAGCCCGCCGCCGGCCGCGGCCGAGUCGGCUGACGCCGACGAGCCGCAGCGGCGCACGCUGGUGUUCCGCCGCAGCCGCGGCGCAGAGCCCUGAGAGGUGUCGCACGCGUCCGGCCUGUCCGCAGCUGGUGAUGACGGAGGAGACGGCGCCUGCCGUCUGCCGGCACGCCCAGCAGCGCCUCCCGUCGGGGCGUCGAUUCCUAUUGCGGAGCGUAGUCGGGAUUGUGCAAGAUCGUUGACAAGUUGCUCAGCGACGCACGUGAAUAGGAAAUCGGCAGGCCGCGCAAUGGGCUAUUCUGAAAUAUAUUGGCGAUUGCUGGUCCCAAG